CGGAUAACUCGGUGGGACUCGGAUAACUCGGUGGGACUUGGAUAACUCUCGGUGUGGCUCGGUGGGACUCGGCUGACUCAGCAUGUCCUCAGCGGGGAGAUGGACAUGGAGCAGCUGGAGCUGAACCCGAGAAUCAGAGCAGCCGUGAGGAGAGCUAAGUUGCGGUCCGUCAGGGAUGUGUUGUGUUGCAGUCAGGACCUGCACACGCUCGGUUUGUCUCACUCUGAUGUUCAGCAGCUGCUCAGAGCCGCCGCCCACGCCUACAGACGACAUUGUCCAAUCACAGCCCUCCUGCUCCGUGAUGACCCCUCCUCUCUCAGACUCAGUGUGGGGUGUGCGGUCCUCGAUGAGCUGUUGAGGGGCGGUCUUCCUGUGGGGGGCGUCACUGAGCUGUCAGGAGAGAGCGGAGCGGGGAAGACUCAGCUGGCUCUGCAGCUCUGCCUGUCAGUACAGUACCCCGUCCAGCAGGGGGGGCUGGACUCAGGAGCCGUGUUUAUCUGCACCGAGGACUCGUUUCCAAGUCGUCGCCUGCAGCAGCUGAUCAGAGAGCAGUCGAGUCUGCGCUCAGACGUCCCCGAGUCUCUGAUCAACUCCAUCGAGUUCAGCAACAACGUGUACAUCGAGCACGCCGCUGACCUGGACUCUCUCCAGGAGUGUGUGACUCGCCGGGUGCCCCUCCUGCUGACUCGGGGUCUGGUCCGCCUCGUGAUCGUAGACUCUGUGGCGGCUCUGUUCAGGUGUGAGUUCCAGCCGUCUGAUUGGCUGGAGAGGAACAAACAGCUGAUCAGCUUCUCCUCCAAACUUCAUCAGCUGAGCCAGGAGUACAACACACCUGUGCUGUGUGUCAACCAGGUGACGGAUGUGUUCAGCGGCUCAGACGACACUUUGGGCCCUCUGUCCUCCAGCGUGUCUCCAGCUCUGUCCUCCAGCGUGUCUCCAGCUCUGUCCUCCAGCGUGUCUCCAGCUCUGUCCUCCAGCGUGUCUCCAGCUCUGUCCUCCAGCGUGUCUCCAGCUCUCGGUCUGGCCUGGGCCAAUCAGGUGAUGGUUCGACUGAUGCUGCGGCGUCUCCAGGGGAGCGUUUCUCAGGGCGAUCAGCACAGCGCCCUCCGCAGGCUGGAGGUGGUGUUUGCUCCUCACCUGGCCCGAGACGGACGAGACGCAGCGGUCUGGAGAGAGGGGGUCCGAGGGGUCCAGACUUAAGUCUCUCCAGAUGACGCCUGUGUCUAUAUUUUUUUUAACUUGUACAUAAUAAAGAAACGAUAUUAAAGUUUGACUUUAAAUAAAAAAUGUCUCUGAACACGA